AUGGCUUUCACAUACCGAAACAGCCCCGUCGUCCCCACCGACAUCAUCACCUACAAGCAUGCCGGGAAACUUGUAUACGUGAAGCCCGCGGAAAAUUACGAGCUAGCGCUUGACUUUGCUCAAAAAGAAUUCCCAGAAGAGUUGGCACAUAUACCACGAGACAGAAUAAUGUUCACCAUAAGUGUCAACGUCCAGGGAGAGCGGCGGCAUGUGCGGAUAUCUGAGAGCGCGUGGACAGGGACCGUCGGACGCCUUUUGAGAGGGGAAGUCAUCGAUGUUGGUCUCAGACCAGAUCCAUCAGCAGUCAUCCCGCCGCCUCAGUAUCUCGAAAUCCCAUCGAAAGAACCGGCCGUUGCGCAGCCGAGAUCUGUACGCCACUCGCGAUCGACACCUUCGUCACGACAGCACUCGCCGACGCCAUCGAGUCAGAGCGAUAAAGGCGGCUCGACGAGGAUACGGUCGUGGUUUGGCGGAAAAUGA